UGGGAGAGGGAGCAAGAGAGAGAGAGAGAGAGAGAUUGGGAGAGGGAGCAAGAGAGAGAUUGUGAAAGAGAGAGAGAGAGAGAGAGAUGGGCGAGGGAGAGAGAGAGAUGGGGAGAGGAGCGAGAG